AUGCAUAACAUCUGGACUAGACUGCAACAGGUGAAGCAAGGAUUGAAAAACCUAAAAACUAAGGGGUACUCAAAGAUAGGUGAGAAGGUGGAGGAAUGCAGGAAACUCUUGGCUGAAAUCCAAGUCCAAACAAGAGAUCCAAAUGAACAGGUGGUACUAGCUGAGAUGGAAAAGGAGUUUAAAAUGCAGUUAGAAAAAUGGAUAUCCAUUGAUGAGAGCAUUCUCAAGCAGAAAUCAAGAGUUAAAUGGCUACACCUGGGGGACUCGAACAAUGCAUACUUCUUUGCGUGCAUGAAGAACAGGGUGGCCCAGAAUCAAAUAAGACGAUUGAAUACAUUGGAUGGCAAUAUUGCACACACAGAAAGAGAGGUGGAGACAGAAAUCUUAAAAUUCUAUCAAAGUUUGCUAGGAUCUGCUGCAACAUGUCUACCUACUGUUCAAUUGGACAUAUUUCAGGAAGGAAAUAGACUUAUCAGAGAUCGACAAUUGCAGCUGAUCGCACCUAUGACUGCUGAGAAAAUUUUCAAUGCUUUGAUGGACAUUGAUGAUCAGACGGCCCCUAGAUGUGAUGACUUUAAUGCAUAUUUCUUUAAGAUAAUCUGGCAGGUGAUUACUAAGAGGAUGAAAGCUCUUAUGCCUGAGUUAGUUAAUAAUAGUCAAUCUGUAUUUGUGCUGGGUACAGUUAUUACAGACAAUAUCAUCUUGGGACAUGAACUUGUCAAAGGUUAUGGUAGGAAAGGGAUAUCUCCCAGAUGCAUGCUCAAAAUUGAUAUGCAGAAGGCAUAUGACUCUGUAGAGUGGGUAUUUAUUGAACAGGGUGAUAAGACUUCAAUGCAACUACUAUUCAACUGUGUUAGGGAAUUUUCACGGGCAUCUAGACAUACUGCCAAUCUUACAAAGAGCUCAAUAUACUUUGGGGGAGUUAAUCCAGUGCUUCAACAACAUAUAUUAGCUAUACUAGGAUUUUCAAAAGGGGAGCUUCCAUUCAGAUACCUGGGGGUGCCCCUAAGCUCUAUGAGGCUAUCUAUUACACAAUGUCAGCCAUUGAUAGAUAAGAUGUUGGGUAAAAUCACAAGCUGGACCAGUAAGUUUCUCUCAUAUGCUGGAAGAAGGAUAAUCAACUUGAUAGUGACAACAUGUCGAAGAUUCUUGUGGAUUGGAGAUACAGGAAGUUAUAACAAAGCACUUCUUGCUUGGAAAACUUUGUGUUAUCCCAUGACAACGGGGGCAGUAAACUUUGUUGAUGUAGAAAUAUGGAACAGAGCUGCCAUUUGCAAACAAUUAUGGAACCUAUGCAAGAAGAAGGACAGAUUAUGGGUGCGCUGGGUUCAUGCUUACUAUGGUGCAAACAUUUCAAUCUGGGAAGCUAGGUGUAAUCAGGCGUCGUGGUUGCUACAGAAAAUAGUGAAAGCUAGUAAGUAUGAAGAUUCAAGCUGGUAUGGGCAUGCAAGAUUUGAUCAAUAUACAACAGUUCUCCAUCAAAGACUACUACAAGAAGCUAAGGGGGGACUUCCCUAA